GAUAGCACAUUUGAGCGAUGGCUGGAACCAGGCACCUUAGCAAGAGUUUGGAUGCCUUUCGGGGACUUUUCGGGAGCGGGUUGCGUCCGCGCUUUCCAAGGGAUGCAAGGAUCAUUCCCACUAUGCUUCACUGGAGAUGUUUAAGCUCUAGUAAGUUCAUUGGUCCUCUAAUUAUGAAUUCCUGCUCUUUCCUGGACUCCAAAUCAAUUAUGAGAAAGCAGGUCCGGCCCUUCCUCAAUCUUGCAGCUCCUCUAUUUGCUACCAAGCGCAUGGAAUACACUGAAAUCCGUCAACUCCCGUACUCUGUUGACCAGAUGUAUGACAUUAUAGCCGAUGUUGGCAGCUACCAGCUCUUUGUUCCCUGGUGCAACUGCUCCCGCAUAAUUUCCCAUCACAAAGAAAUCUCCCAGGCUGAACUGGAAGUGGGAUUUCCUCCUGUGGUUGAGCGCUAUGUCUCGGAGAUCUCUUCAGUGCCUCACUGCCAGAUCCGGGCUGUGAGUAAAGAUGGGCGGUUAUUUCGGCAUCUGGAGACACUGUGGCAAUUUAAGCCAGGAAACACUGGACGGCUGGAUUCCUGCACACUCAAAUUUUAUGUCUCCUUCGAAUUCAAGUCCACCCUCCAUUCGCAGCUGGCUAAUCUUUUCUUCAAUCAAGUAGUGAAGCAGAUGGCCUCGGCCUUUGAACAGAGAGCAGAGAAGCUAUACAGCACUCAAACGGCAGCCCAGCCACACCAGGCAAUUCACUGCACGUGACAAUGGUCUUGGAAAUACUGACAUUUGAGUCCUGAUCUCAUAGAACAGUCUUCUUUUUGCCCACAUCUGUAUUAUUUCUUGGAUGUUACUAUUCUGUUACUAUACUGUUCAUGAACGUUACUAUUUAUGCCUAUUUACCUUGCAAAAAACAAGAACUCUCAAAGGUGCACAUUA